CCAGAGUUUCGGCUGCCUUUCGACCGUACCGACCGCUUGAUUGAUUGCCGCUACCCGUUCGCAGAGGAGAAAGAAGUGUAGGCCUGGGGAACUUUGUUUUACAACUGCAGCCUAACGUUACAGUCCAGGAGGGGUCAGCAGGUAUUGGAUACCUGGAUUCGAUAUAGGUGAAAAUUAGCCAGAAAGCCAGAUGGAACCCAAUCAGAUUGAUAAGAUGAGGGACAUUCUUGAUGUUCUCAAAAAGCUAGAAAGUUGGACAACCCAGAAGGCAGCUCUUCUUUGUGAACAGAUGGAUGCGGCCUUCUGGAAAUCUCGAGACAAGAUAAAUUUUUGCCAGGAAUUCUGUGACAAUGGUGGAGCUGAACUUCUGGUAUCUGCCCUGAUUAAGUUUGAGGACAAUGGACUAUUCAAAGUGAAAGGGGCUUGGGAAACUGCCUUUGUUAUUUACAACCAUUUAUGUAACCUCAGUGAAACCAGCAUGGUCCUCUCCCUGAAAAUGGGAGAAGAAGGAAUGGUUAAACUUUGCUCACACAACAUUGAUAAAUACAGAGGGAAAAUAUCACUGCGGGACAUCCAAUCCCUAAUCCGCGUCUCACUGAGCAUCCUGUGCAAUAUGUCGACCACACCCGGCAACAGGCACCUGUUUCGGGAAGAGGGUGUGGCCGAAAAGAUGCAACCGUACCUGGAGGGUGACCCUUUUCUGAAAACCAUCUGUAUGAUAACCCUUGCCUAUAUCAUUGAGGAAGGACAGGAAGAGGCUCUUGUAGAAAAGGAAGCUGAUACCUUGGAGUACCUUGUAGGCAUCCUUCGAGAUGCUCUGAAGAGCCCCGACAAGAGGUUCCGUGGGUUGUGUGACCGAGAGAUCGCUUCAGCUCUCGGUAGGUUAGCUGUCCAUGAUAGUAAUAAAUGCAAGAUUCUAGAAGCUGGAGGGCUCCCUCUGUUGGUCAAGAUGCUAAAGGACAGGAGCACGGACACCCAAGAAGCUGCUGCCAAUACUAUAUGGAAUCUGGCCUUCUCUGAUGAAGGCCGUCAGAAGAUUGUCGAGAACGGAGAAUGUGUGAAGCUCCUGGAGUCACUCACGCAAUCCCCGGAAUCAAACGUAUCAGACGCAGCAAAAGGGGCAUUAUGGGUAAUCACCAAGGGGCAGGCCAAGCAGGUGGAAAAUGACAAAACGGCUGAAGAAACGCAAGCAGGAGGGAUGGAAAGUUCUUCACAUAUCAUGAUCAGUUACCAAUGGGGAUCACAGCCGAUAGUUCUCAAGAUAAGAGAUAAUCUCCAAGCUUCUGGCUACCAGGUAUGGCUAGAUGUUGAUCAUAUGCAUGGCUCUACACUGCAAGCAAUGGCAGAGGCUGUUGAGAAAUCAUAUAUAGUUCUUAUGUGCAUUUCAGAGCGCUACAAGGAGAGCCCAAAUUGCAGAACAGAGGCAGAAUACGCCUACCAGCUCAAAAAGAGGAUCAUUCCUGUGAUGAUGGAGGAGUACUAUCAACCGGACGGGUGGCUGGGUUUGAUACUGGGAUCCAAAUUCUACAUGGACUUCUCGGGAAGACUAGAUCAUGAAGAAGAGAUGGUCAAGCUCUUAAGAGAAGUGCAGACCCAUGCCCCUGGUACUGUCAAGGUUGCUGGUGCAAGUGAUUCUAAGAGCAGGACAGACAUAAAAGAAGUAAAACUUAUAACUACACAGUUGUCUACCAAGUCAGAUACAACAUCAAAAGUCUUGGAUUGGUCAAAUAAACAGGUUCAGGACUGGCUUAAAGCUUCAGGCCUUAACAAAUGGAGAUCAUCACUGCAAGAAUGCGAUGGGACCUUCUUAUUCAGUCUUCAUAAGCUGCGAUUGGAAGCACCGGAGUUCUUCUACAGCUCCAUCCGAGAUGAUCAGAGUCUUCAAAAGUUGUCAGAAAUUUUCAGGUUUACCAAAGCUCUUGAGACAGUGAUCAAUGAAUGAAUUUUGACAAGUUGAAAAGUAUUUUGGCCCAUAUUUUACCAGGUCUUUCACUAUAUAGGGAGAACUUCCAGAUUUUAUAAGUCACAUAGUUUCUAGAAGGUCAGUCAUGUAGGAGAUAUAAACUAGCACAGUAUAUUUUAACACAUUUUAUAUCUUCACCCAGGGUAACACUUAUUAGAACCUUUUCUUAAAUGUGAAAAUAGACAUGUGAAUUGAAAUACACAUAGUUAGGAUCCUCCUAGAAUAUGUGUAUCAUCUCGGUGCCAUAUUUUGGUUAAAUCUGCUAGUAUGUUGUUACACUUGUUGUGAAUCAUCAUCAAGUAGUAUGCUUUAAUUUGAUAGAUGGUGCAUUAUGGCUUUGGCUUUGUCAUUUACUUCUCAUUAGCCAUUCAACUCGAAAAAAAUUUCUUUGAAAUCCCCCUACUGCCACUAAAAAUAAUUCUCCGAAAACAAUACUGCCUUUGAUAUGUGAUCAAAGUUUAUUUGUUUUUUUAUGUUGUUUAUGUUUUGUCAUUGUUUAUUUAAAUGGAAGUGUCAUUUGCAUGUUACUAUUACUCUAUUUUUAGAUUUAGAUUUUCCAUAUUCUGUAAACAAAUCAAAUGUUUUUCAGGUUUAAGAAAUAUUCAGGGAAAGUAUAAGGCUGUUAUUUGGAAAUACACUUCAGGGGCAAAUGCAAUAUUUGGUAAAACUGUGACAUCCAUAAUAAAGAGCUGCCAAGUGGUACUGAUCAGUGUUUACAGAAAACAUUGUUUUGUUUUAAAUAAAAAGUAUUUAUUUAAAACAAAAAUUCUGCAUAAAAAUUAUUUUAUGCAUUGAGG